AUGUCACCAAAAUCUUGUAUAGAAACUCGUGUAUGGUCUUCUUCUGUUGGCUCAGCUACGUGAAAGCUCAGAAGGACACAAACCCAUCAUCAUAAACAACAUUAUUAUUAUCAUUAUUAUAGUUCUUUCUUUUUAAUCUUUUAAUAUGGCAGAUAAUGAUUCUCUUGCUCAGUUCUUGGCCACUGCUGUUGAUGCGGCUAAGAAGGCUGGCGAGAUAAUCCGUAAUGGGUUCUACAAGACCAAGCAUGUGGAGAAUAAGGGCCGGGUGGAUUUGGUCACAGAAACUGAUAAGACAUGUGAAGAUCUCAUAUUUAAUCACCUCAAGGAGAAUUUUCCCACACAUAAGUUCAUUGGAGAAGAAACCACUGCCGCUUGUGGUGCCACAGAGUUGACUGAUGAACCGACUUGGAUUGUUGAUCCCCUUGAUGGAACAACUAACUUUGUGCAUGGGUUUCCCUUCGUGUGUGUGUCUAUUGGUCUUACAAUUGGAAAGAUUCCUACUGUUGGGGUCGUCUAUAAUCCAAUAAUGGAUGAGCUUUUUACUGGUAUCCAUGGACAAGGUGCUUUUCUGAAUGGAAAGCCUAUAAAAGUAUCAUCUCAAAGUGAACUUGUGAAGUCUCUCCUUGCAACAGAGGCUGGUACAAAGCGUGACAAGGCAACUUUGGAUGCUACUACAAAUAGAAUCAAUAGCUUGCUUUCUAAGGUGCGAUCCAUUCGGAUGAGUGGCUCCUGUGCAUUGAAUCUUUGUGGAAUUGCGUGUGGAAGGCUUGAUCUGUUUUAUGAACUUGGUUUUGGAGGUCCAUGGGAUGUAACAGGUGGCGUUGUGAUUGUCCAAGAAGCUGGAGGAGUUGUGUAUGAUCCAUCUGGUAAAGAUUUUGACAUCACUGCUCAGCGAGUUGCAGCUUCGAACCCUUUGCUCAAGGAAGUGUUUGUUGAGGCUUUGAAGCAAUCAGAAUGAAAAAUCAUUGAUAAAUUAAUAAAUCUAGAAGUUACCUCUUAUUUUAUAUGAUCUAGUUUACCCUCUCUUGGUGUAUUCUUGAUCCCAUCAUGUAGUUCCAAAGAAGAGCCAUUUAUUGAGAGUGUAAUUUUAAUGAAAUUGGCCUUAAGCCAUUGGGAUCAUUUGUAGAAUCCAUUUGAAUCAG